AACUCUGCUGAACAAUCUUGGUUUCAAAAAACUGAACUAAGCAGCAGUCGUGGUUUCCCAAACUCAACUGAGCAUCACGGAACUCACAGACGUCACUUUUUUAAUAUUAUUUUUUUGCAGCGCAUUCCAUCUAUCACAUACGUCACUUGCCUGGGACAUCGCUUUACUUUUCCGGGUGUAACUGAUUUGCAGGAAGAGGAGGAGAGUUUGGGUUUUCGUGAAAGGUUCAGAGUGGUAUCUGUCUCCAGGGGGAGGGGAUGAUAGGCUUUUUACAGCGGGCAGACUGACUGAAAAGCGACGCGGGGAGGAAAAGCAUCGUCUAAUAGUAGCAGGCCAUGGAUUUCCCAGGGCAUUUUGACCAGAUCUUCCAGCAGCUGAAUUAUCAGCGCCUACAUGGACAGUUGUGUGACUGUGUGAUCGUGGUGGGGAGCCGUCACUUCAAGGCGCACCGCUCAGUGCUAGCAGCUUGUAGCACACAUUUCCGGGCUCUCUUCACAGUGGCAGAGGGAGACACCAGCAUGAACAUGAUCCAGCUGGACAGCGAGGUGGUGACGGCCGAGGCCUUCGCCGCCCUCAUUGAUAUGAUGUAUACCUCCACACUGAUGCUAGGUGAGAGCAACGUCAUGGACGUGCUGCUAGCCGCCUCACAUCUCCACCUCAACGCUGUGGUCAAGGCUUGUAAGCACUACCUCACCACCCGCACCCUGCCCAUGUCCCCCCCUGGCAACACCAAUAGCGAUCGGGCCCAGCAGGAACAGCAGGCUGCCAGCUCCCGGCUCCAGCGCUCCUUCCUGCUGCAGCAGCUGGGUCUCAGCCUGGUCAGCUCGGCGCUUGGUGGGCAGAACGGGGCUGAGGAAACCAAUCCGAUCCGGGGUGGAGGAGCAAGAGUGGUAGAACAGCGAGCAUCCUUUCCCAUACGGCGCUUCCACAAGAGGAAGCCCUCUGCUGCUGAGGACAGGUCCAGGCAGCGGCUGAGGCCUUCAGUUACAGCCGAGAAGUCCAUGAUGAUGGGGGACGUUGGUGGUGGUGUUGUGGUGGACACAGGAGCCCAUGCUCAUGAAUACUUCUCCCCGGAUUCCCUCAAGCUGGGCGAUGGGCCAAAACUGGAUGAAGGCCUGGGAAGUGUCUCAUCAGUGGACAAUGCAGAUGAUAGCACCAUGAUGUUUGAGCAGCCCUACAGUACCCAAGAGGAUGCCCAGCUGCCUAGCCAAUCAGAUGGUGGCAGCAACACAGGGCAACAACAGACCCGGAAUGACCAGGCAGCUGAUGACGACAGCUUCCAGGGUCAGGUCGCCCCUGAGGAUGGAGUGAAGGAUGUGGGAGUGCGGGGUGAAAAGGAAGAGGAUGAGGAGCAGCACAUGCGUGUGGUGGUGAAGAGUGAACCCCUGAGCUCCCCGGAGCCCCAGGAUGAGGUCAGUGAUGUCAUCUCGCAGGCUGAGGGCAGUGACCAGGUGGAGCAGGGGGCUGACAAGAUCGAGCUGAGUCCAGAGAGCAGUGACCGCAGCUACUCGGAUCCUCAGUCCACAACUGACCAUAUGGGGGACAGCAGAGGAGUAGGUCCCACCAGCAAUGGCAACCUAGGUGGCAAGCAGAAUUUCAGCAUCUCCAGCUUCCUUAACAAGGGCAGGGCAGCUGGGGGCAACUACGGCCAAGGCACUGAUGACAACCUUCCCAACACCACCAGCGGGGAGUGCCGCAUGGAAGGGGAUACAGCCUACCUCCUGAGCCCCGAAUCUAUCAAUGGGCCUUCCCAUCACCACCACCACCACCACCACCAUCAGCACCUGUCAGGGGACAGCAACCCUUUCAAUGAUUCCUCGGACGCUCACUUCCUGCGGCCGAUGCAAGAUGCAAUGGGCCAUGGCUACCGCGGGGGUGAUCAGUUUGCAUUGGAUUUCCAGAGGUCCAGCCUGGGCCUACACUCCCUUUCCAGGUCUACUAAAGGAGUAGAAGGAGGUGGGGGUGGGAUGCCAGCAAACAUGGGUUUUCCAGGCUACCGUCGUAUCGCCCCUAAGAUGCCAGUGAUGGGUGCCUCGAUGCGAAUGGAUGGGACUCCGCUGCAGGAUGCGUCAUCUUCCUCGUCUUCCUUUGGAGGUGUUGGAGGAGGCAGCGGCUCCCACAUGCUGCUCAACAGGGCAGCUUCCUCGGGUUACGAUGGGGGUCAGCAGGUGGCGGCCCUUCCCCAGUUGACACGCGCCUCUGCUGACGUGCUGUCUAAAUGUAAGAAAGCGCUCUCGGAGCACAAUGUAUUAGUGGUAGAAGGGGCACGCAAGUACGCCUGCAAAAUUUGCUGCAAAACUUUCCUAACCCUAACAGAUUGCAAGAAGCACAUCCGUGUGCACACAGGAGAAAAACCCUAUGCUUGCCUCAAAUGUGGCAAGCGCUUCAGUCAGUCCAGCCACCUCUACAAGCACUCGAAGACCACAUGCCUGCGGUGGCAGAACAGCAACCUGCCCAACACUCUGCUCUAACAACCCUUCUACUCACAAUCUUCAACUCAAACUGGACCUACUUGCCCAAAACCUAAGCACAGGUGGACGGCCAUUACUUUCAGGGUUAUCAUGGACCUAACCCGAAGUGGGCAGUAGUCAUAGUAGACAGCAUAAUAGAAUAGUCCUAACCUUAUAACAAAAGCUGUCAAUGUUUAUUUUAUUGUUUUAAGCUGCCAAUAGUUUGUUGUAUUUUUUAUUUUGUUCCCACUAACAUUGUAAUAUAAGCUGUCAAAUCAAACAGGACCCUGGUUAACAUCUGCAUUUUAAUCUUGUAUGAAAAAAAAUAUAUACAAUAUAUAAAUAGAUAACAUAAGCAUAAGCAUAAUAAUGUUGAACCUUUUUAGUGAGAUGCGUUAUUUAUUUUUUUUAAAUCAAUCCCAUGGAUUGAUUUCAUGGAGUAUUUCUCUUGUUUUCAUUUUUUUUUUAUAAAUAUAUUUAAAUAUAGCAUUAUACAUCCCCAGGUGUUGCUACAACUGUUUAAAGAACAUACCUGUAAUUUUUCUUUCCAUUGUUAACAUCCUGACAACUGUUUACACUUACAACUUUAAAGUCUGUUUCAAAGCUGUUUUCAAAAUGGCUGCACUAGUGCGCUGAUAGUGUUAGGAUUAUUGCCCACAUUGUUAAACAGGUAACAUAGCAGUAACGAUCCAUGAUGUGGUACAGAAAAGCCAGAGCACUUGUUAUGUUUGUUUUUUUAAACUAUGUUUUUUUUUAACAUUUUAUCACUGUUCCUGCAGUGAUUUAGAGGACAGAUCUUGCACCCCAGUGCACUAGAGCGGCCAUUUUGGUAAGAGCUUUGAAACAGACUUUAAAGUUAUAAGUGUAAAAAGUUGUCUGGAUGUUAACAAUGAAAAGAAAAAUUACAGGUACAUUAUUUAACAGUUGUAGCAACACGUGGGGACAUAAAAUGCUUUUUUUUUUUUUUUUUUUUGGAACCCUGCUACUUUUUAAGAUCCUGUCUUAAUUUAUUUUUUUUGUUUUGUUUGCCAGUAUGUUUUGCACAGUAUAUUGUCUGGAGGGAGGGAUGGAGCCCUCUUUAGGAGUGAACUGUGUAAUGGAAGGUGCUGCUUCAUUUUCACAAGCUUUUCUUACAGCAGCAAACAUUUAGAAGCUACACUGCACAGCAAACAGGGUAGUUGUCAUAGACUGUAUUGCAGCCAGUAGUGACUGUUGUGAUUAAAAACUAACCCCCCAAAAAAGGCUCUCUGACUACUUUUUUAUUUUCCAAUUUUAAAAACAGCCUUGUGGCGAACUGCUUUUUACAAGAAAACUUCUUGGGAAAAGUGCUGAAGUUACUAAUAACCAGGGACAGUAAGUUACAGUGUAAAUAAUGCACACUUACAUAGUCUUUGCUGUAGUUUUGCUUUAAACAGUUACAAAAUGUAUAUGGACUAGUGACGUUAUUGUUCAUGUGUGCUUUUUGUAGCAAUAUUUUGACUCCAGCUGAAUAUUAAAUGUAGAAAUAUUAUGUGUUUUAAACGGUGAAAUCUCAAGGGAGGGUUUGGUCUUGAAAUAAUUUUGCUUAUCAAAUUUGCAACUGCAGUAAAGGUGGUUGUUAAGACAAGACUGGUGAUCUUAAGGACAGGGACUUCCCUUUAAAUAAAUAAAUAAAUAAAUAAAUAAAUAACUUCUGAAGCAAGACUACCCCCUUGUGUACUAGUCCAUCUGCAAUACAGUACAAACCACAGACACUAACGUUUUGUUUUAGCAUGGCAAGUGUUUCCCCAUUUCAACUCCUAAUGCAACUUUUACUCUUACCUGCCUGGUUUGAAAAUAAUAGGCUGUCUGAUCAGGCACUUGGCUAACAUGUCUACAACCCUUCUGUUUCCAUCUGUUUUGUGUUAAAGUGCACAGCAAACAUUGUCAUUAACAUUUUUAAAUACUACUGUAUCUGUAUUAUGCCCACCAGGUAAGAAAACCGUAGAUAUGUCUAUAUAUUUACAGCCUAAUCUGUAUAAAAAAGACUGGAAUUGUGACAGAGCUGACCUGUCCUGAUAUCUAUUUUUAGA